CGGGUGAGGAGCGAAACAAAACGUCCAACACCUUCUUCACAGAAGUACAGAUGACGUCUCAAGAAGCCUUUCCCUCAUUGGACAACUCCUGUACGACUGAGAGCCUACACAGACAUAUAACAUUUAGGUUUAACAUUUAGGUCUGGAUUUAACAUUUGGAUUUAGCAUUUAUAUGCAACAUAUUUAGAUUGAACAUCCAUUUUAACAUUUGUUUAGAUCAUUUAAUUUAGCAUUAAUAUUUACAUUUCAAUUUAACUUUUUUUUAGCAUUUAUAUGUAAUAUUUAGAUUUAACAUAUUUGUAACAUUUAUGUUUAAGUUAUAUUUCAAUUUACCAUUUAUAUAACUUAGAUUUUUAACAUUUAUGUUUAGAUGUAACAUUUGGAUUUAGCAUUUUUAUAUAACAUUUAGAUUUAACAUUUGGAUGUAGCAGUUAGAUUUAGAUUUCUACCUCAAAUGUGAAGAUGAUGAGUUAAAUGUGAGAGCAGUGGGCUAAAUAUUCAAAAUAUAUCGGCUAAAAAAAAGUGAAUUUGUGCAUUGGGCACCCCAUACAAAAGCAGCAUGACGCCACGAGGCCAGAUUAUGACGUCACAGGUCUCAGUGCUCACACACGCGCACACACACACUUCUCCCCGACCCCCCCUCCGUUUCUUUCUCCAUGGGAGCUCCGUUCUCCGGAUCCUUGAGGACUUUAAACUUGAAGAUGAAGACGAUGGACAACAAGAUUGCAGUUCUACCAACGGUGAGGACGAUCAUCAACACUCUCCUCCUGCUCUUCACCCUCUGUCUCACACGAAGCAGAGCAGAGAGCGCAGAGGAGCGGCUAGUCAACGACUUGUUAGGCCCGCAACGCUACAACAAACUGAUCAGACCGGCUGUCAAUAAGAGCCAGCAGGUCACCAUCUCUAUUCGAGUGUCACUGUCUCAGCUUAUCAGUGUCAACGAGCGAGAACAGAUCAUGACGACCAACUUGUGGCUGUCUCAGGAGUGGAAUGACUACAGGCUGAGGUGGGACCCAGAGAAGUACGAAGGCAUCAAGAAACUUCGAAUACCAUCCAAACUCCUCUGGCUUCCUGACAUUGUGCUCUACAACAAUGCUGACGGCGUGUAUGAAGUCUCCUUCUACUGCAACACGGUGGUCUCCAGCACGGGGGACAUCGUUUGGCUUCCUCCGGCCAUCUACAAAUCAGCCUGCGCCAUUGAAGUGCAGAACUUCCCCUUCGACCAGCAGAACUGCACCCUCAAGUUCCGCUCCUGGACGUACGAUCACACAGAAGUCGACCUGAUUCUCACCAGCGACUUUGCCAGCCGUGACGACUUCACGCCAAGCGGCGAGUGGGAUAUCGUCUCACUUCCCGGACGCAAAAACGAGGACCCGAAUGACAUCACUUACCUGGACAUCACCUAUGACUUUGUUAUCAAGAGGAAGCCGCUGUUUUACACCAUUAAUCUCAUCAUCCCCUGUGUGCUGAUCACCUCUCUGGCUAUCUUGGUGUUCUACCUGCCAUCGGACUGCGGCGAGAAGAUGACGUUGUGUAUCUCAGUCCUGCUGGCGCUCACUGUCUUCCUGCUGCUUAUUUCCAAGAUUGUGCCGCCCACCUCCCUAGCAGUACCCCUCAUUGGUAAAUACCUGAUGUUCACCAUGGUGCUGGUCACCUUCUCCAUCGUGAGCAACGUUUGUGUCCUGAACGUUCAUCACCGCUCUCCCUCCACUCACCAUAUGCCUGAAUGGGUGAACCGCCUCUUCUUAGUCCAGCUCCCCACUUUUCUUCUCAUGAGGCGUCCGGGCGCAGCUAACAAACUCAAGCGGACAAAUGCGCAACGGAGGGCCGUCCGAAAAAAUCCUCCCCAGACUGCGACGGAUAAGCGACAGUUCCCAAACAUAAAACUCGGUGGUGUUCGGACGGAUUCAGACUCGUUCUAUGUGAACGCGGACUGGGCCCACAAGUAUUGCUGGAGGGUGGGAAACAUCCCGGACGUGGGUGGUGGACGCUCAGACUUCCAGAGGCCUUUGGCCACUCAGUGGGAUGCGGAUCUGCAGGAAGCAGUGGAAGGAGUUCAAUACAUUGCUGAGCACAUGAAGAGAGAAGAUGAUGAUGAAGGGGUCAUAGAGGACUGGAAGUACGUCGCCAUGGUCAUAGACCGUCUGUUCCUCUGGAUCUUCAUCUUGGUGUGUGUGGUCGGAACACUGGGGCUCUUCAUGCAGCCGCUCUUUCAAAGCUACAACACACCCACUGCUGAUGACGCUGAGUAUGGGGAUUUCUAGGACGCCAGAGUGGAUACGGACUUUUGUAAAACUGAAACUGGGACGCCGUGUACCCAACUGCCGGUGCUCUCCCGAACCGGUUGCUGACUCGGCGUGUAUGGCUUUGAGUUUGCCCAGACUUCACUGAAGCUUUACUCGUAUCACUGACUGUUCGCACCAUCUUGAAUCUGUAGUCAGCUUUCACUUUCACCAAGUAGAGGCACAAAAAGGCAAGGUCGUAUGAGGUUGAACAACAGCAACCAUUUUAAUGAAGUAUGUUUGUUGUUGCACCACAUGCCAUAUCAUUGUACGCCGUUGUUUGGACUUUUUUUUUUCUUGCUCUGUUCCUAAAACACGUUAUGUGUCAACAUUGUCUCGUCUAACUCUUGAAGGAAACGCCUCUCUUUGAAAAAUGGUGAUGAUGUCAUGUCCUCGUGUUGUAUCACUGCUCGGCGUGAUGAAAUAAUGUUUGUAAAGCCCAAACGGAAACGUUACACAAACUGUCGCAUCCUCCGUUUGCACCUUUUUGCUUUUGUUUUGCGGUUUUGUAUUGCUGUGGUUUCAUGCAAAGAGGGAACGCUCCGAUCAUACACGGCAGAGCUCGGGGAACGAAACAUUGCAGUGGAAAAGCUAAAACGUUUGAUUGCAAAGUGUAAUAUGUUGCUGGAAAUAACUAAGAGCAAUGACGGGAAAUCGGUGGGAAACUGAGAUAUGUGGUAUGGAAAUGAAAAAAGAUAAUAAUAACCUGUGAGGAAAGUACGUCACCAAUGCCAAUUCUGCAGCUUUGCAGGGUGAAAGAUGACAUUGAGGAAAAUAUUGCAUUAUCAUGAUAUGCUAUUUAUUAUUAUUAUUGUCAUAAUCUGUCAUAACAACAGUUUAUUUGGUCUCAAAAAAUGUAGACAAUAAUAUCAUUAAGCAUCCACUUGUGGGACAAUAAACAUUUCAAAACACACCUGCAUGUUUUUGUGUCUCUGUUAAAUAAAAAAGUGUGUUUGUCCUUAUUCUCGUGGACCCAAUGUCGCACAUCACCUUGUCUCGUGAGUCGGUUGUCUUGUGACACUCCUAGUAUUAAAAAAAAAAACAAACUCCAAAGGAGUCAGUGCCUCACCAGCCAUUAUUCGAGCGCUUUGAAGCACUUUCUCCUUGCGUUCAGCUCGCCGAGGCUGCAGAUUCACGUGAUCGUGUGUUGUUUGCCUGAAUGAGGAGAGCUCUGCAUCACGGUCUGGCUCCCUGUGCUGCUUGGCUUUCUGGAGGGUGCGCUCCUAAAUAAGCAGAGUGCGUCAGACGCCCCUGCAGUUGUCCGUAAGACUCAUUGUACUGUCUGCAUGCCUGCAGGAGAAACAAACAUGACCGCUCCCUCAUAAACACUCCAGCAAACAUGGACACAAUCCAACCUCCAUCUCUGUGGCCUGCUACCUUCCUCUUCUUUCUUCCCUCCAUCACCGCUUCCACCCCACUUUAACGCUCUGUUGAGCAACAGGAAGUACAAAUAUGCUGCCGUUAAAGCCGGCUAGCUGUCCUUUUCCGUGCUACAUGCCCAAAUCGUUUCGGACAAGCUGUGCCAGAUAACCAGCCUUGUUUUGCUUGUGUACCAGCUGCGGCUAGCAAAGAAUGAGACGUAAAUCAUACUGUUCCCCUCCCGACGCCUGCGUCAGCCGUAACCACAUUUGAAAAGACAACUAAAGUAUGUCUCUGUCACAGUUUAUCUCUCAUCUCUCAUCUGCCGCCACCUGCUCUCUUCAACCGUGCUCAUCGCUCGUCUCAUCGGGUACAAUGCUUCUCACUUUCUACUGGCUUUCUAUUGUUCUACUGCGCUUCUACUGUCUUUCUAUUAUGUGUCAUUACAGUGGUACAUUACAUUAUGACAUUGAUGUUGAUCUAAAUUGAAACUCACAUGCAUACAGUAUAUGUGCAAGGCAAAGCUUGUAUGCAUACUGUACAUGUGUCACAUAAUAAGGAGUGGUUGUUGGUUCAUUUCCAUUGGAAAGCACAUUUAUGUAUUGUUGAAAGGUGGCGGGAUCAUUGACACUUUUUGCAAAAAUUAGAGGUAAACUCUGGAGGGCGCAAAAACCUUACGUUUUUGGGCGAAACAACCUGGAGUAUAGAAAAAGAGAAAAAGGGGAAAGCUAUUAGUUAUCAUGACAUAUCACACGUACACUGUUAAGGGGAAUUACUACAGUUCUACGUUAUAUUAGGACUUUUACAUGAUGAUUUAAACAAGAGUAUUCAUUUGCACAUAGUGCAAGGCUGUUUUUCGUUUUUUGCCUGUAUAUAUGCAGAUAAUAGAAAAUAAGAACCGCUUGCUGGUAUUGGAUUGAAAAUUGGGUUGGGUUUGAAAUCACAUUUACGUAUGCGAGGUCGUCAUAAGAGCAUUCUAUUGUACGCGGUGCUUCUGACAAACAACCAGGCCUAAGAAGAUCACGGGGCCGAGCCACACGGACUAAGAAUGCGUUGGGAAGAAGGCGUCCAUCUCUGCAUGAGGUGAUCAAAUCUGCAUCGUGCUCGGCCUAAGAAGAUCACGAGGCCUAGCGACAAGGACUAAAAAAUGCGUUUGCCUUCUCCCAUCGGAAGGAUAAGGAAGAAGGCACCCGUCUUUGCAUGAGGUGAUCAAACCUGCAUCGUGAUUGGACUAAAGACGACCACACGGAAGGACAUAGAUCACCAACAUGGAUAAAAGCUGCAACAGGAAGAAAAUCGGGGGUCAGACUUCUCUCCGCUAGCCUCACUAGGUGGGCUCCUUUGUCGUGAAGGUUGUUCUCGUCCUGGUGCUUGGUCUUGUCACCAAGUUGGACUGUAGGGAGGACAGUCUUUCUCUUGCUCAGCCACUACAUUAAGGUUGUGCUGGGUCAAGUAGGAGACUCUUGAACCUCACGGUGACCAUUCUGUCUGAUCACUUCAGACCACUGGGCUCUGGCUGUGAUCGCACGCAUUUGAGAAGAUAGCUACAAUAUCUGUGCUCGGUCCAUCCCCAGGGGAGCUUAUGUGAGGGCCAAGUAAAUAAUGUAAAUAUCGACUCCUUUGCUAUCAAGUCAUCGGGCACUAACACGUACAGUAGGUGUCACGAAUGAGACUAGCUUCUGGUAUAGCAAAGAAUCUUCAUUGGUUCUGAGCCGUUAGUCCCACACGGUGCUUAUAAGGAGCGAUUUUCCCUCUAAUGCAGAACAACUAACAUUUGAUUGUUACUGUAUUAUCUCAAGCUCAGAAAUAAAGUCGUUAAAGCUGCAUAAAUUCUCCAGAGACUUCUUCCAUCACCAGAGACUGUGUUUCUGUUAUGUUUUUACUGUCUUUCGAUUGUUCUAUUGCGUUUCUACUGUUUUUCUAUCAUGUUUAUACUUAUACUGUCUUUCUACUGUCUUUCUAUUGUUCUACUGUCUUUCUAUUAUAUUUAUACUCUUUCUACUGUCUUUCUAUUGCGUUUAUACCAGCUUUCUACUGUCUUUGUAUUAUGUUUCUACUGUCUUUCUAUUAUGUUUAGAUGUCCUGUGUGUUUCUACUGUCUUUGUAUUAUGUUUCUACUGUCUUUCUAUUGUUCUACAGCGUUUGUAUUGUUUUUCUAUUAUGUUUAGGUGUCCUGUGUGUUUCUACUGUCUUUCUAUUAUGUUUCUACUGCGUUUGUAUUGUUUUUCUAUUAUGUUUAGGUGUCCUGUGUGUUUCUACUGUCUUUGUAUUGUGGUUCGACUGUCAUUCUAUUAUGUUUAUACUCUUUCUGUCUUUUUAUUGUAGUUCUAUUGUGUUUCUACUGUCUUUCUGUUUAUACACUUGUAUGUACACUUGUGUCUCACACAUGAAGUGUGGCAUUUGGCUUUGCAAUCAUCUUUUUCCCUCCUAAUUAUUGCUCGGUUACUUUGCAUGUUCAGGCUAGCUACAGCCUUGCCGAUACGCCUGACUAACAUUUCUGCUGGUAACUCGGAGCGUUACGUGACAUCACCGAAAUCCCCCUAAAAAAGAAAUAAAAUGUCCAAAAAAGGACUUCCUUUGUGAAGUGCAGUGUUGUCCUGUUGAGAAAGCCGGUCAUUACCACACAGACGAGGGCCUUCAGUCACGAGGGAUGUGCCCCAUGCAACAUCUCCACAU